UAUUAUUAUUGCAUUCCUAUAAACAACGUAAAAAUGCUAUAGUUAAUUGUAUACAUAGAGUGAUAAAAUGACUUUUAUAACAAAUAUUUUAUUUUAAAAUGCAUAAAUAAACAAAAUGUCAACAUUUUGUGUGAAAAAUAACAGUGUCAAAAUGGAUCUACCAGUCCUAUUGGCAAAUUUAAAAAAAUCUUGUGGAUUAUGGUUCCUAAACGAACAACCUACAUCAGUCUUACUAAAUAAUGAAAACACCAACCUUUCCUCAUAUGGAAACAUAACAACAGCCACUGUGGAGAUAUUGCGUCAUGGACUCCGAACAAAAUCAGAAAAUACCAUCCUGGUGGGCAGUAUCCCAGCAAUUGGUUUAUCAAGUGAAAACAUUUGCAAUGAAGACACCGACUGGCUUAAAAAGAUUGUGGAUGAUUUUGAAUGGGUUUGUAGGUCAGCCCAGAUUCGUGACUCACUUGUAGCAGAUUUCACAUCACAACUGCCAGCAUAUGGGAGCAUAAAUCAAAUCGAGUCGUCAACAUCUGCAGUUAAUGAGAGUGAAGAGUAUUUCAUUGAAAGAUUCCUUCGUACCUGGGUACUACGAAAUCUACAGUCGAAUUGCUUAAGUGUUUGUUUACAAGUUUUGGUGGCAGAAAAGGAGUUGCUCAAUACAUACUACACGGAAGAAGCAUUUCUGAGAAACGAGGCUUAUUCAACAGCACUUUUUAUUUGUUUAUCAGCUGUGGAAUUGAAUCAAUACAGUCUGUUGAGUCAAAUAGAUACAAAGCUGUACAGCCCAAAAUCAGCUACGCGUGCUUUGACAACUACAACGGCCACCAAACACAGGCGAACCACUUCACAUCCCGAAUUUUCAAUUUCUCCACCUAAGAAUACCAAUAUUCUGAAGACUAGAGAAAGAUAUCAGGCAACCAAAGUGGAAAAAGAAGUCCCAAAAAAUGAUUUAGAUAAAAUGACUGAUUUAACAGACACUUCAUCCAAUGCGCGAGCGCCUGCUUUGCUAACAUUUCGUAAGACCAAAAGCCUUCCAACAUUAGAACACAAACCGUACGUCUCCUUUGGAUUAUUUUUUGAUGAACAGCCUAGACCUCGUUCUAAAACCAUGGCUAUAAAGACGCGAAAUUGUUUAGGAAAAGAAAAUAGGCAACCAUUUUCAAGUGAAUUUAAUGCAGAGUCUACACUUAUCGAGACGCCAAAAAUAAAUAAUAGCAGUAGUUCUUGUUAUUCCAAUUCAAAUACUACUAACAACACAACAACCACAUCAGGUUCAUCGUAUUCUGAUUGCGAUAUCACCAACCUCGAGCUGCCUACGUCGAAUCGGCAAAACCAACAGCAGGCGUUUGCUUCGGCGAAAACAAGUCAGCGAUCUCCUAAUUCGUCUUCCUCAACACGUACGACUUCCAUUUCGUCGCUAAAUUCGACACCUGCAUGUCGCAUAGAAUUAAUUAAUUGUGAUGAUAUCAAAAUCUGGACGGACCAGGCUUAUGAACAAACUCGAACCCAGCAGAGUAGUUUUAAUCAGGAAAUCCCAACAACCGUGCCGUGUACGAUACCGCAAGGUUUUGCACCACUAAAACAGAAAGCGAAAAGUGCAAGUCCUUUAGGCAGUUUCCUAUGCAAUCUGUUCAGCACUCCUCCCACAUAUACGCAUUGGUCCAUAUCCAACCAAAAUGAUAACAGUUAUGCUAGCAAUUUAGAUGAGAGCGAAAGUAAUGCUUUAUCCGCGGUAACUGCCUUUCCUUGCAAUUCGAAGCAGCAUGCAGAUAAUUCGACAAUCUCCUCUGGUGUCUUCGAUGCGUUUAUGCCGGUUUAUGGCAAAAAGUUGCGUUCACGACACUCACAAAACUUGUUUGAGGAUGGCAUAAGUACGCUCGAUUAUAAAACGCAAGCGAAUGAAACGCCAACGGAGCUAACAGUAGAAAGCGGGGCGAAAGUGGCUGAAAAAUCGAAACCAUUGCCAAAGUGUGAACAAAGCUUAACGGACUUUUUACAAACUUCGCAAAUGUCGCGAAACAACACUGAUUUGGAAAAAGAAAAUGCACAUUUUCGUGUAUCGGAAGCGAUAAUCUCGGCAAUCGAACAUAUAAAGUGGGAUAACAGCAUGGACCCUGAGAAAAAGUGGCAUCGUAGAAAAGAAACGAGUCAGUCAUCAAGUGCUGUAAUCGCCACGGAUUGCCUGACCAAUGAAAAUACCAGUAGUCGUACACAUAAAACUGAUACUACUCCCGAUGAAGCCAGCGAACAUAUUCCCUACGCAGAAUUAGACGAGAAUUGCUUAGAUUCACUGUCUGCUGAAGUUGUUGGGCUCUCACUUAUUUCCAAAUUUAACGAUAAACAUCUGCCAAAAGUGUCCGAGUUGAAGUGGUUGGUUUCAGAGGAAGAUACACCACAACAACUCUUGCCAAUGCCUGAUAAUAGUCCUACCUCGAAUCCCGAUGAAAAUGUCAUACGCCCAAUUACACGCGGCACACGUUAUUGGGCGCCACCACGUCAACAGAUCAUCUUUACGGAUCAUCCCACAAUGAAUCGCAAAGAGCUAAUACAAAAACAAAACAAUCGUUGUGCGGGUUGUGGCAUGCGAGUUUCUCGGCAAUAUAUCAAUAGUUUUCGCUAUUGCACGUAUCUCGGUAAAUAUCAUUGCACUGGAUGUCAUCGCAAUCAAAUUUCACCAAUUCCCGCCAAAAUUUUACAAUCUUGGGAUUUCAAAAGCUAUCCGGUUAGCGUUUUCUCCUACCGCUUAUUGGAUCAGAUGUAUACGUAUCCGCUGUUUUAUGUGCCCGACUUGAAUCCUGCGCUUUAUAUAAACAAUAAAACACUUUUAUCCGCACGCAAGAAGCGUGUGCACUUGAAGUUCGUUAAAGAUUUUGUGAAGACUUGUCGCUUUGCGGUCAGAGAGCAAGUUUACUUCGAAAGCAUACCAGAGCAUAUUGCCAACGAUCCGGAUAUUUGGUCAUUGUCAGAUUUCAUUGAUGUCCGCAACAAGAGUAUGCAACACUCAAUCGAUGAACUCAUUGAAAAGUGCGAACAUCACAUUUUCAAUUGUGUGCUCUGUACAGCCCGUGGCUUCCAUUGUGAGUAUUGCCAGAAGGAUCAAGUGAUAUAUCCAUGGCAACAAAAUGUGUUUCGUUGUGAUCGUUGCGGUGCUUGCUUCCAUUUAAGCUGCUGGAAGCUGAUGUCCAAUACGUGUUGCAGAUGCCAAAGAAUUAGCAAAAGACAAGAGAUUGCGGUUACUUGAAAUGUAAUGCGGCAAUGUUCGUCGCAGAAAAUCCAAAUGUACCUUAACUCGAAUUCGAAUAGAACGCAAACGCGUGUACCGCUAAAACUAGUAUGCGCGUCUAAAUAUUUAGAUAUUAUUGAUAGUUGAGUUUGACUUGUAAAUAAUGCUAGCCGAAUAGUGAAAAUUGUACAGAAAAUUGUUAAUUUUUUUUUUUUGAAACUCAAAUUGGAGACAUCAUUUUUUGUUUGUGCUCUCUUUAUCAUUAUUACAUUUAUAUUUGUUAUACUUUGUACCGAAAUGUACAACAACAAAGCAAGUUUAAUGGUGUCCUAUAGCAGGAGAAUUAUUUAUUGUUACAAUCAAAGUGAAAUAUUUUAAAAUUAAUAAUUAUUUAAUGGUUAAAAAAUCUCUCAAAACAGCUACU